AUGACUGAAAAAACUGUAAGGCAACGACGUGUACAAAAUACGAAUAAGCAAAGUGAAUUAAAAAAGGAUAAUAAGGAUAUACGGAAAAAUAAAAUUGCUGCCAACAAUGAAGAGCUAAGAAAAGCCACCGGCUCAUUUAAACAUCGUCUAUGGACACGUGCCGUUGUGGUCAUUUCAGUGGCUGUGAUUGUUUACUUUUACAAAAUUGGUCAAACGAAAGAAACCAAAUUUGCCUUAGUUAAAGAAAACUUGGCUUUGCGAAUGCAAAAGUUCAAAUGUUCCGAGGAGUAUGAAAAAGAAAUGCAACAAUUUCCCCAAUGUGUACCAACGAAAUGUGGUCGUUUUGUGGCAGAUAAAUUAAUUGAAUCGAAUGAAGUAGAACAACUAUUGGAGAUGGCAACAAAUGUUAUCAAUUUAGCGGGAUCUUCUGGUGGGGCAUCUAUAUUGGACAUACAAUCGGGUGCAUUAUCCUAUGGUGAUAAAUUUCUAAAUAUCUACCAAAUGCCAGAGGCAAAGGAGCUGAUAACGACGGAGCAUUUAAGGACGUAUAAUCUGGUUAAGGGUAAAAUAAAACUAGCAAUAGCUGAGCAUUUUGGCAUUGCCGCUGAAGACUUGCAUUUAACAUACCCCACAUUUUUCUCAAGAAUAACAAAUGCCACAGCCAAAACCAUACACGAUGAAUAUUGGCAUGAACACGUCGAUAAGGAAACCUAUCCAUCAUUCCAUUACACAUCUUUGUUGUAUUUAACAAGCUUCAAAAAGGACUUCAAAGGAGGUCGUUUUAUAUUCGUUGAUGGUCAGGGUGAAAAUCGUACAAUAUCCAGCGUGGAACCCAAAAGAGGUAGAGUAAGUGCAUUUACCUCGGGCUGGGAAAAUAAACAUCAUGUGGAACAAGUUAGCGAAGGCACAAGAUUUGCUGUUACCAUAUCAUUUAGCUGUGACAAGAAAUUUUCCAUAAGUGAUCCAAAAAUGCCGGCAUUAAAAGAAUAAAUUCUAAUUUUUAGAAAAAGAGUA